AUGACCGGCCGCGUUGCCAAGGCAGCGGGGAAGGCGUCUCCCGGAAGAGGAGCUUUGCUGAGCGGUGGGCACCGAGAGCCCCACCCGGCUCUGCCCUCGCGAGUUUCUGAGCUACUGUUGACCAAGGUGAAGCAGGGCAGAAGUGCUAUGGCAAGCUUUUCCGAUGAGACAGAGAAUUCCUUUGCUGAGGAGGUGCUGAGUUCCGGUUCCUUCAGCUCCUCUGGAGGACGGCAGACCAGGUCCCUGGCCUCUGGGAGCGAACCAGAGAGUGGAAAGCGGACUACAAACUUGGAACAAGGAGACAUACAAUCUGAAUUUUCAGACUUCAAAAAUAAUGAAAAGUUGAGGAACUACCUCAAGGGCAAAGAAACGAAUUCCAGACGGUUCCAAUCAGACAUGAAGCUUCCGACAGAAAACACUCAGGUGUCCGAUGAAGAAUUAAAUGCUCUGCAGUCUUUUUGCACCAUUAAGAUAGACUUGAUCCAUCACAGAUUGGUCUCUGAGAAGAAGAGCUGCAGGCACAAAAAACAGCUUAGAAAGGAUGUAGAGGCCUCAGAGAAAGAUGCCUUAAAGUGUAUUGUCCCCGAUGAACUUUUGAACAGAAUCUAUUUAAAAAACUUAAGGACAACACCAAAACAGGUGGGAGAAGCUAAGCCACACAUUUCUUCUCAGUGUCCUGACUGUAACAGGAAAAGAGCAGAGUUGGCGCAAUGUGCCUUCCUGAAACAAAAGAAGACUUUACUGGAGUCACGUCUGCUCCGAGAGAAAAUAGAUGAACAUCUUCAUACCAAAGACUUUCUCACCCGUGUUGGAGAGGCACAUCAAGACUUUCCCAGGCUUUCAGAUGACCCCAGAUUAAUCUGGAAAAGGCUGACUGAGAAAAGUCACAUUGGAUACUCUGUGAAAGUUCAAACAGAGCAGAAGAUGUACCAAGAUGGAAAUAGCACUUGUCAUUCACCAUAUUCUUUAGCUCUUCUCAACAAGCCACUUACUCUAAUCACACAGGAGAUGUUAAUUAUUAAUGAUAAUGUGUAAUGUGUAUGGAUGUUCUUGUUAUGUAUUUGUAUAAUUAUCAUAAUUUCUACAGGCACUUGGGAGACUAAUUUAAAACUACUAUGCUUCCUUCACAGAUUUGAGGACUAAGAACUUUGCAUCCAGUACAUUUUUUCCCAUUGUAGAGGGCAGUGUUGCAUUGGAAUAGUUACAAAGCUUUUACGACAAUCCAGGAGAGAGAUAUUGGUAGUUUGAACUACGGUCUUGAUGAUACAGAGAAAAAGAAGUACAGAGAUGUAAGAGAUACUUGGGAAGUAAUUCACUCUUUUUGGUGAUGAAGUGGCUAUGAAGAAUUAAUAAACAGUAAAUGUUGAAAAUA